GUGUGGUCGAGUUGUGGUGCUGCAAGUCGAAUCGGAGAAUAUUUGGCGAAGGGUCGAAUGAGAAGCCGUGCGAGGACUUUCACAGCGUGUGGUUCGCUGAUCAAAUCGCUGCCAUUCGAUUGGCGAUGCGCAAUGACGAAGGAGAAACGACCCCACCAAAAUUGUCAGUAGCGGGGCAAACCUUUUCCCCAGACGUGGGAAGCGAAGACCACAGAUUCAACGUCUCGUCAGCGUGCUGUGAUCCUACCGCAGCAAUCACACGCCCAAGAUGGACUGGGCAAACCAUUCGUCGCCUCUUCGGCUCGACUCCUUUGUCGAUGACCUGGUCGAAGCUUGGCACAUCCACCGUACCCCGAUUAUCCUCGCUAUUCUCGCAGUUCUCGGCGCCGCUCGAAUCUACCUCCACCUUAAUGUCGAAAAGACGGAGUUGGUUGCGUUGCCGAAAAUCUACCAGGAGCCUGAAAAGGUGGUCAUCGAAGAGAAGACCGCAAUCGUAGAGGCGGAGCCCGAACCACCAAAGAAGGAUGUCAAAUCGCAAGGACCCCGAAGAAUCAAGGGAGGGUUGGCCAAGAAGCCUACCAAAACCAACGAAAAUGAGAUGGACAUGACCCGACCGGUUCUUAUCCUGGUAUUCUUCUCAUCCGUUACCACCAAGACCGAGAAGCUCGCGAGGGAGUACAUCAACACUCUCGAGGGUACCAUCGAUGAAUUGGCAAAACAGUCUGGUCGAUCAUUCCUGAAGCCGGAACUGCUGGAUUUGACAGAGAUUGAUUUUGAUGAUUAUUUCAUUUCCCCGUCCAAGAUCCGCGGAUAUGUCGAUCAGGUUUACCUCUUCCUCAUCCCAAGUUACAAUAUCGAUUCCAUCAACGACACUUUCCUUGAGCACCUACAGGAGACGCAUCAUGACUUCCGCAUCGAUACUGCCCCUCUUUCACCUUUAUUGGGAUACUCGGUAUUCGGAUAUGGCGACAAGGAGAACUGGCCUACGGAACCUGAAGGCUUCUGCUUCCAGGCCAAGGAUAUUGACAAGUGGAUGGCCAAGUUGACUGGACGAAAGAGGGCUUACCCAGUUGGAAUGGGAGAUAUGGGCAGCGAUCACGCCGAGAGACUUGAAGAGUGGGCAAAAGGUGUUCAGGAAGUGGUUGAACACGUCGCUCGCACUGGAAACCUCGGCGAAGGGCUUCCUGGCAGUGGAGCGCCCGAUGAGAGUGACGUCGAGGAGGAGGCGGAAGAUGAGGACGAUGGUGAAGUGCUGUUCGAUGACGAGCCAAACGACAACAAGAAGAAAAACACCGGAAAAGCUCUAGACGACGUGGAGGACCUUGGUCGCAUGAUCCGAAAGGAUGACGGCUCAACUGGUGCUCAGAAAGCCCCUCUCGCGAUUGACUUCACCUCAUACGGCUCAUCUACCAAGAAGAAGACCCCUGUCCGAGGUCCCAAGGAGAUGGUGGCCAAGAACUCGCCCACAUACGCCGCUCUGACUAAGCAAGGAUAUGCCAUCGUUGGCUCCCACUCCGGAGUCAAGACAUGUCGAUGGACCAAGUCGGCCCUACGCGGCAGAGGCUCCUGCUACAAGUUCUCCUUCUAUGGCAUCAACUCUCACCAAUGUAUGGAGACGACACCUUCUCUCUCUUGCUCCAACAAAUGUGUCUUCUGCUGGCGCCACGGUACCAAUCCAGUUGGAACAACCUGGCGAUGGGUGGUGGACCCUCCCGACCUGAUCUUUGACGGCGUCAAGAUGAACCACUACAAGAAAAUUAAGAUGCUGCGCGGCAUGCCGGGUGUUCGAGCCGAACGUUUCGCGGAAGCCAUGCAGAUCCGCCACUGUGCACUGUCGCUUGUGGGAGAGCCCAUCUUCUACCCCUACAUCAACGAGUUUCUGGAGAUGCUGCACAAGGAGCGAAUUUCUUCCUUCUUGGUCUGCAAUGCACAGCACCCCGACCAAUUGGCGGCGUUGAAGGCCGUCACGCAAUUAUACGUGUCCAUCGAUGCGGCUGACAAGGAGUCGUUGCGCAAGAUCGACAGACCCCUCCACCGAGACUUCUGGGAGAGAUUCCAGCGGUGCCUUGAUAUCCUCCGCGAGAAGCGCUUCCACCACCGAACGGUAUUCAGGUUGACGCUGGUCAAGGGCUUCAAUGUGGACGAAGAAGCUGAGGGCUAUGCCAGACUCGUCGAGAAAGGUCUCCCCUGCUUCGUCGAGGUAAAAGGUGUCACGUACUGUGGCACGUCUACAUCCUCCAACGCCGGAUUGAGCAUGUCAAAUGUUCCAUUCUACUGGGAAGUCGUUGCCUUUGUCGAAGCUUUGGAGAAGAGACUGCAGGAAAAGGGCCUGAACUAUGGUAUUGCGGCUGAGCAUGCCCACAGCUGCUGCAUCCUGCUGGCGAGUGACCGAUUCAAGGUGGACGGCAAGUGGCACACAACCAUCGAUUACAAGAAAUUCUUUGAGCUCCUGGAAGAGCGGGGCGUCGAUGGUGAUUGGAAACCUGAGGACUACAUGGGAGAGGCGACUCCGGAGUGGGCUACCUGGGGCAACGGGGGUUUUGACCCGCGUGACGACAGAGUGGACAGGAAGGGGCGAAAAAUUGAGGCCUCAUAGAGCCCACGGAACAGUAGUAAAAGAAAGAAUUAAACAU